GCCAUUUAGUGAUUUAGCCAUUAGUCGCGCUCGGCACGGCAAACGAUCGACGACAAUCGACGACCACGACGACGACGACGACGCAUGGACGGAACGCGUCGGACUUCCGUGCGCGCUUUUCAUUCAGUUUUCAACUCAUUUGAGUUCUAAAUACUUUACAACUACAAACGCAAAACGAACCCAAUAUAUAUAUAUAUUAAAAAAAUAACGACACAGCGCCGGCAACUUUUCAACGGAGCUGCCAAAACAGCAGUUGACAAGCAACAGCAACAGUUGAAGCACCAACAGCAGCAGCAGCAACAGCAGCAGCAGCAGCAGCAGCAGCAGCUGACGGCGGCAGCAGCAGCUCGAUAAAAUCACAAGCAAAAACUCAAGUUAAUAUACAGUCAGCCAACAAAUGGAGUCCAGCAACAACAAUAACAAUAGCGGCGGCGGAUGCGGUAAACGUGGCAAAAAAGGACGCAAAUCGCGUAACGCAUCCUCAGAGCCAACACAACAUCAUCCAUGGGACGAAGGCAGCAGAACAACGGCAUCAGGAGGAGCAACAACUGUACCAACAAUGACAACUUUAACCCGAUUUCUGGUUUGCAUGGCUCCUGUGAUUGUGUCGCUACCUGGCGCUGGAACUGGCCCCACUGAGCAGCCGACCAUACUACUGAUCAACGGCAUCACCGAGGACUCUCAGGAGAAGCAGAAGCAGUGCAGCAAAGCAGGACUGAAACUUGAGUUGGAGAAUAACAACGAGCCUGGGAAUAGUCUGCCAAAUCCUACACAGACUCACGUGCCCACCACACCAGGAGGAUCACAUUUGCUGGACUUGGAAUCUCAUCUGAUCGAGGACGUCAAUGCAGAGCAAGACGGCGUGGGCAUUAAUGAGCUAACACCCAUUGAUCAGGAAUUGCAGCAAGGAUCAUCCAAAGUUGAAGCUGACGGAGCAUCGCAUGUAAUUGAAGUGGAACCGGCGGGUGCCAAAACGAAGCAACCAAUAGAAACUCUCGCACCAUCGCAUCAAAUAGCCGAGGUAGACGAGACGGCAACGGCAACGACAACGGCAACGACAACGGCAGGACCAGGAGCAGUCACAGUAGAAGUAGCGGAGGAAGUGCGUCAGACCGCCGAGCAAUUGGUGAAUGACAUUGAACGCGAACUUAUCGAAAGUCUUAGCAAAAAUGUAGAGCAGUCCAAAGUUGAGCAGGACAAGCAGCUCAAGGGAGAACUCUCGGAACUGAACUCGCUCUCCAAACAGGUGGAUGCCCAACUGAAUGAGCUGACCAGCAUUCUCAAGAGCAAACCACAGCCGGAGAUUGUAUUGGAGCAGCUGGCCGGAGAGCCAAAGACAACAAAAGUCGCUGCCAACGAACUGAAAUUGGUUGAAGUGCCCACACCCAAGUCGGAGGCAGAGGAGCAACAACGCAAGGAGUUCAUUGACUCCCUGCCACAAAUUGAGCAAGAUCGCCUUAAUACUCACUCGGAUGCGGAUGCCAAGCGUCUCUCGGCGGACUGUAAACGAGAGUAUUACCAGUCGUUGAAGAAGUAUCUGCUCCAGAACAGCCAGGAUAGACCACCUGUGCCUCUGCAAACCUAUCGCUGGGAGGAUCUUAGAAGAGCCAAAGAUCGGGGUGGCUAUCCCUGGACGCAUCUUUACAAGCGCCCCUUGGGACCUGAUGAGGAGCCGGAGAUUGUCCUCCUACUGCGUAAAUCACAGGAGCUUCGCUUCAAGUCCGAGUCACCCAAGUCAUUGAAGAAGGUGCGCUACGACGAACAGGUAUUAGUCAAAGAGACUGAGCGCUAUAUACAGGAUCUGUCGGAGGACGAGGUGCCAACACACACAGACGACAGCAGCGAGGAGUCUGAGGAUUCGGACAGCGAAUCAGAGCGCGAACCACACAACGAAGACGCUCUAAGCGAGUGCAUUUCCUGCGUCUCCGAUUCGGUACUUGCAGUCGGAGGACGGGCUAAGCCAAGGAAAACCAAUCGGUUGGCCCACAUCCGUGAUCUUAUCAGACGCAGGCGCAGUGGACGCACUCAGGACGACGCACAAUCUCUGCCGGGUAACUCGGCCAAUCCUAGCAGACAAAACAGCCUACACGAAUUAGCCCCACCUCCGGGUCCAUUAAUCCCGACCACAAGCACAGAGAAGCCCCAGAAGAAGCCCAAGAAAAGCUACGACAUUAUGAAGAAGCUUAAGAGCUUGGCGGAACGCCAAAAGAAACGUUUGAACAUCAAACGCAUCACGCUCAAGAAGGAAGAUAAGAUUGUCCUGGGCGAGCAGCAAAAGAUUAUGAAGCUUAAGGCCUCGCCAAAAUCGACUCGUGGCGAGAUUGCGCACUUUAUAGAGAAGCAGGAUUCAGAUGAUAUUCUAGAGCUGGUUGAGUAUGAUGAGUCACCCUGCCGGAAGCGCAACAAGGAAGAGGAUCAAGAGGAGCUGCCCAGCACAAGUGCAGCGAGCGUCCCAAAGCCGGAUGAAAUUAUUGAGUUGCCUGUGGAACAAACCAAGACUGAAGCACCCACUCUAGAAGUCACCGAGCCUGUCGCAGAGACUGUAGAAGAGUCGGUCGAGAAGUCGAUCGAGAAGUCGACUGAUCAGUCGGUCGAGUUUGAAUCUCCACCCAAGAAAACUCCUCGCCUGCGUCGUGAACAUGUCUACGAGGAGAUCGGACAGGGUGAGCCUCAACUUCCGUUGGACCAACCCAUUAUGGAGCUUGAUGCACUCAAGAAAUCGUUAACGCGUCAAGAUCAUUUGACCGUGGAUGAUAUUGAAGCUGCCAAACCUGUGCCUUUGGACAGAAUGGGCAGCAGCGAGGAGGAUCAGGUGGCUGCCGCAGCUGCAGAGAAAUCGGGAGCACUGUUAGCUCCACUUUCAUCCAUAGACUCCACUUCCUCGGAUGAGGAUCGUGCGCGCCUGGCGCAGUUGCCCCCCUUGGCUGAGGAAAGCGAUGAGCCUGUGGAGGUUGUCGAAUUGCGACCCGCACUGAAAAAGGAAGCAUCUCCUGCACCCUCCGAUAAGAAGGUGACCUUCUCUCACGUCGAAGAUGAGGCCGAGCCACACCGUGAGGACAUUGAACUACCCGAAGAUGUCCUGGAAGCAGCCUCGAAUGCGGCCAAAUCGAAAGGCGAUAGUGAUCAUGACUAUGAGCCCGUGGGCGUAUCGCCGGCACGCGAGAUCGAACCACAGCCGGUAUCCGCCCAAAAUGGCAGCAGCCUCCAGCAACAGCCACAGCCACAACCCAUGGACAUUGAUUUCGAACUGAGCUCGGCUGGAACAACGCCACGUACCGAAUCUCGCACAGACUAUGAAAUACAUACUAGCCAGGUGGAUUCGAGCGCUCUUGAGGAGCUACCCCUACAGCCGGAGAAUCGUAAGAAGAGUUUCAUGGCUUCUGCCCAAGAUCGCACUCGGAAGAUGCAAGAUGGCCUACGCAAUCAAGCGGGAAAACUGCGCACUAAGCUGCGUACCCAGCCGAAGCCCAAACCCGUCUCGGGAAGUCCGAAAGCUAAGGCAAAAGAACGCAGACGCUUUGCACCCGAAUUCUCUAAGAUUAAAAUGCCCGAAAUCAAGCGUCCCGAUAUGUCCAAGCUAAAGGAUAUCAAGCGACCGGAGUUUACCAAGUUUAGCAAGCCCGACAUGUCAAAGUUCAAGCUACCAGAAAAGUUCUCCACGCUGAAGCUGCGACGCAGCAAAAGCUUUAAGGAGAAUGAAGCGGAGAUGCAGGAUGUGUCCCCGGAAUCACCAACCACAACGGCGGAUGCACCUCCCGCUCCUCAGAAAAAGAAGUUUGAGUUCAACUUUGGCACUUAUCCAAGGGCUUUUCGCAAGAAGAAGACAGUUGAGGAGCCUGUCCCACCCAUGGAGUCCUCGUUAGGCACGGAACGUCAGAGUCUCAGUGUUAUUCCCAGCACGGAGACGCAACCAUCUCAGACCUCGACGAGCUCACCUCAGGGUGAUCGAGGUCCUGGUCCAGUGCGCUCUCGCUGGGCAGAUAAGUUCUCCGAUGUCAGUUAUAAUGACAGUGAAGGAUCGCGUUAUAGACGCUACGGCAGCGAAUUGGAAAGCUUCGAUAGGGAAUCCUCCCUGGAGCGACGCAUGAAGGAUGACCUGGAAGAGGACACAGCAAGCGAAGCUGUGCCCCAAACCGAUAUGGGAAUUCUGGGAGGUGUCGCCGAUAGCAAACAGUUUGCCGAAUUCAACGAAGAGAAUCGUGCCAUACAUGAGAUCUCCAGUCAGAGAACAAGGGAGUUUAAGCGUCGUCCGAUGGUGCACCAGGACUCGGAUCUACGUUCGGAAGACAGUCACGAUGCCGAAGGUUGGACGGAGAAAGACAUACAGAAGAAUAAACUGCUGCGUAAAGCCGAAUUGGAUGCAGAGGCAAGUUACUAUAAAUACCAAGAUUUGCAGGAUGCUCAAUCCACGGCCAGCUCGGGCAAGAAGGUCGUAAUGGAGCAGAUCGAUGACGAUGAGUUCUUCUUACGCAAACGCGGCAUAUCCGAGGACAACAUCCAGUUGCGUCAAUACAUUAGCGAUGCCAUUAGGGAAGGCUACGAUCUACCCAACGCACUGCAGCACGUUGGUCAGGUCCAACGGGAGCAGGAACAACCCGAAGAGUAUGGCGAUUAUGAUGUACCGCCACCAAAACCACGGCGUUUGCAUCGCAACUAUCGUCCAGACUUUGAGGAUUCACAAGAGUUUCAACGCAGUGAUUAUGGCGAUGAUCUGUCCAUGUCCCAAAAUGGCAGCGAUUUUCUGCCAAAGCGUCCACUCCGCAAGGCUCGCAGUCGGAGCAAGUACUCCAUCGAGGGUAGCCAGGACAUCCCCAUUGCCGAUGGCAGCAGCAGCAUUCAGUACUUUGACGAUGAUGAGGAUUAUCUCAGACCUCCCACGCACGAGCAACCCACGGAGCCCCAACAGGCACUCAAUAAUCUAGCUAGCGGUAUCCCAGCGUCUGAAGUACCAAUCCCACAGCCACGCCCCCAGGCACCACGACGCCAGAAGAAACGCACACGCGACGAGCCAUCGGUGGAAAAGGAUGCGGACUCGUUCAUAAAUGGCUUUGGUGGUAGAUCAGUAUCGAACACCUUUUUGCAGCCACAGGAAGAUGUAAUUGUUUAUCGCACUGAGCACGAAUAUCAUCAUCAUAUACCGCUAGCCACGCCCGAUAGCUUCACGGACGGAGCCUCGGCCCGCACUCAGCGUUCCGAGGAUGAGCGCACCUCACGUGGUGCCGAAUCGCUGAGCUUGGAUGCACACAGACCAGUGCCGAGAGCAGACGAUAAGGAGAAGUUUGUCAUCGAUAUGCUGGAAAGUGAUGGCUAUGCCGUGGUGCGCAAGGAGCAGGUACCGAAGCCAACACCGCCGGCACGUCGCAAGAAAUUCGCCCGCUCGCCUGGGGAACGUUUUGCGACGUUGCCCAGCAUUCGGGGAUCUCGGGGUUCCCCGCCGCCGGCACGUCCGCCGCCGCCGGAACAGUAUACGCCCAGUGAGGAUUCACCACUGGUGCCACGUCGCAGAUCGGUUGGCAGUCUGGAGGAGAUACCAACCACCACAAUACUACUCAAGUCAAAUUACGCGACAUUGCCGGCCGCAAUGCCAGAUCGACACCAGCAACCGGAGGAGGAUGAUUACGAGGAGCCGGGAGCACUACAACGACCCGAUUCUCCACGUUCCAAUUUGCAGUCCGGCGAAGUCAUCAACAAGAUGAAGUUCCGACCAUUGCCGCCGCCGCCACGUCCACCCCGCGAAAGGCGGUCGACACGAGGCGGAAGCGCCUUGGACAGCUACGAGGACAGCGAACGUAUAGCCAGUUCAUCCACGGCGGACAGUUGUGAGCAGGGCGAGUUCGAGGUGGAGGUGUCCACACAAACGGAUCCCCUGCCAGAUGAUUUUGUGUGCGAGGAGUUUGAGAUAACGGAGGACAUGAAGGUCAUUGAACCUAGACGAUCCACUGGCUCAACCGGUAAAAUGACCUUGGAAGAUGUGAUGCGCAGUGUGCAGGCACAAGAGCAGGAUGAAGUGGAUGGCUCACGUGUCCUUAGCGAGGAUGAACAGCUGGCCAGAGGAUUGCAGCGUUUCCGCGAUGCAAACCAACGCAGCUUAUCGGAACGCUCACGUGCAUCCUCUCAAGCGGAUCGCUCCAAGUCGCUGAGUCGCCCACAGACGCCGUCCUCAGCGGUGAUCAUCGAGAGACGCGUCCCAACGCCAAGUCUCAGUGCAGGAGAAGCCGAUGAAAUGGUGCAAGCAUCGCUUAUUGUGCGUCCCAUUAGCGCCGCGGAUCUGGAGGAUGACGAACUACGUCGCGAGGAAGAAGAACUGCGACGUGAGGGUCUGCUCUCAGAUAGCUCCGUGCAGAGCAAAUCGGAUGUGGAAACAGCUGGCGAGGAGGAGGAACACGGCGAGAUUGCGCUAAGCGAUUAUGCAGCUAGUUCAGCGGACUUGGAUGCAGCUGUGGAACAGUUGCAACAGGCUCACCUGGAGAGUGACUAUGACAGCAAGCUGGAGGAUGAUGAAGUGGAGCGUACAUUGCGAGACAGCGAAUACGAUGAGGAGGAUGAGGAUGCUGGUGAGAAGUACUCGGAUCACUACGAUGAAGAAGAAGACACACAAGAGAACCAGCAACGCAUCGACCAGGAGCUGGAUGAAGCCCUGGAAAAGGAACUACAAGAGGAAAUGGAAAAAAUGCUGGCUGAGUACAGAAAAACAGAGCCAAUCCAGGAGAAGACACUCUCGGAGGCUGAGCAGCCUCAAUCCGAGGGAGAGCAAGCGCUAUCCGAAGUGGAGCAGACGCCAUCUGAAGUGGAGCAGGCGCUAUCUGAAGUGGAGCAGCCUACAUCUGAGGAUGAACAUACACUGCCCUUGGAGAAGCAACAGACUAAAGUCGAGGAGCCCAUCGUAAUCAAGGCCGUCACCAGUGAACCCACUGAGGCCGAAGUCAGUUUUAAGUUCGUAGCUACAUUACCCACCGAACCCGCUACCGACUACAGCCAGGAAGUGGAGGAAGAGGAAGAGGAGGACGAGGAAGUUCCGAUUCCUCUACCGCCACCACGUCGCAAAUCCACUACUGUGCUGGAGCCAACCACCAGCACCACGUUGACCAUUGCAGAGCAGACCAUACGUGAGGUUACGCCCGUGCAAUCCCUGCAAUCCCCACCAUCACCAUCACCCCAAUUGCCCAGUCUCCUCACGGAGUUGGAGGUGGAGCGGUUGCGAGUACAUGCACUGCAGGCUGGACAGAUCCAAGUCUCCCAGUUGCACGGCGGUCAAGUAAGUGCAGAUGAAUUGGCCUGCAAAUCGGGUCAACUUGUGGUGCAAAACAUUGAGCUGCCGCCUGGAUUCAUUGAUGACAUUGUGGAGCGCGUGAAGGAGCAGCGUCCAUCGCUGCUGACCACAGAGACACAGACGAGCCGACAACCGAGCAGUGAACCCGCCGCUGACGAUGUGGAGGCACCCAUCAAACCACCACGUCAGGUCAAGGGCGUCGAGUCAACGGGUCAAAGCAAUCUCGAUGAACAGACUCAGACAGAAGCCGGCAUGCUGCCAUUGCCACCACCACCAGCUGUGUAUCCUAGCGUAGAGUACUUGCAAUCCCUGGCACCUCUGGCCUUUUACAAUUUGCAGCGCAGCGCCGAAGCUGAGCAGGCAGAGGCUGCAGCUCCCGCCUCGGAACGGAAGGCACCACACAAGUGCCGACGUCGCCAUGUGCAGGAGCAGCUUCAUCAUCAGGAACACGACUCCGACUCAGAGCUUGAGGAGCAGUUGGUGGAACGUCCUCGUUCUCGAUCCCGUCGAUCACGCACGCGCAGCGCCACACAACCGCUGGAAGAGUAUGAUGAGGAUCAGCCUAAGACGGUGGCGCAGGCUGGUCGACAGUUCAUCUCCGCUUGCAGUCUGGAGUUGGUCAACAUAAUCAAUCAGUUGACGCACUUUGUGCGCGGCGAUGUUGUCUUGGAGGCGGCUCAACAGCCCAGAAACAUAUCCGCACUCAUGAUGCUCUUCAUAUUGAUAACCUUUGGUGUGCUCAUCUUUUUGUUGACGGGUCACCAGGUGCACACACAUCACUGGGAUUACUUCAAUCCGCCUGGCAAUGAGGGCAGGCAAACGUGAAAAGAGCUCCCCAAUCUUUGGACAUCAGUUGAUGAGUUUUUGAGGGAUGCCAAAUGAUGCUUGGGCAGUUUUGCAUUUUGGAGCAUGAAACGAAUUUAAAAGCGGCCAGAAGUGACCGCUCGAAACCAAAGGCCUUAACCUUAAUGAUAUAACUACAUACUAACUAACACACAAAAUAUAUACUUUAGGAAGGAUAUGAAGUGGGCGGAAGGCUAAAGGGGAGUUGCCAUUGAUACUAGUCACAGAUCCACAGAGUCACAACAAUUCAAUCGAACAACAAAUCCCAGUUCAGUCAUCAAUAUACCAACAAUAUCUCUUAGUACUAACUAACCAAAGUACAUCAUUUUUUUUGUACAUCAUUACCUACAACAAUAAGAACAGCAGCAGCAACGAUUCUGUAUUAAAUAUGUACUUAAACUAAGUGUAAAUCAUUUAUUUGCCCCAAAAAGGCUCAAGUUUGUUGGCGAUCGACACACAGUCUACUUAUUUAUGAAUUUAUUAUAAUGUUACAAAUAUGUUUGCUCAUUUUUCUAUAUUGCAUACGCGUAAUAAUUUUGACACAAAAUGAUAAAGUGAAGAAAAUCAAUUGUUAAGAGAUCCGAUUGUUGUUUAUUUAAGACCCAAAGUAGGUACAAUAUAUUUGUUUAACUUCACAAGAA